AUGGCUGCAGCUGUUGAGGAUAUUCUGGGACCUCGACUUGAUCAGGGCCUCGUCAUACUACCCGAAGGCAUUGAGUAUGUUCAAAUAGUCGGAGAAAAACUGAAAUAAGAAGAAAAAAAAAGCUUCGAAACUAUAUCUCAAGCUGGAAUUCAGAAAAACCAGUUUUGUUCGCUCAACAGAAAACUUUUUUGUUUUUGUUUUUCAUCCAUGAAGGUAAAUAUUUUUUUGUAUUUUCAAUGCCUUGAGAAAUUUCGUACUUUUGCAACUUUUUGAAAGAAUUUGUUGGAAAUUAAAUUAUCUAACUUUUUUUUUAGGUAUGUUGAUUUUUAAUUUUGUAAAGCGAACUUUCAGAAAGGUAAGUAAAAAACUUCCAGAUUCUCUCCAAAUGAGAAACAAAAAAAAAAAAAAGUUUACGUUAAAGUUAUAACUAUAUGUAUCACGUUUAUUCCUAUUACUAUGAACUGAAACUUCGCCUAGCGCUUGAAUUUGAAAAUUUCCCCACAUUUUUAUCAAGACUUUUUUUCACUGGUCAGAAAUACAGUCCAGGUGCAAUCUCCGCUCCCGUGUUUUCCACGCCGCCAAAAACAAUUUACCGGAUGAAGAUUCUGUCAACGCGACAAACGCCCUCAUCGAAUUCCUUGAGAAGAAUGACUCUACAAACACGGUGAUAAUCUUUUUGAUCUCCGGUACGGCUUCAAAAUUCAUAAUAUUUCAAAUUACCGAAUCAAUACGUUCCAGGAGGCGGAUCUGCACUACUUUGUUCGCCUGUCGAUGACCUGACCCUACAGGAUAAACUCCAAACGAUUCAUACACUCACUAGUCACGGUAAAUGUACCUGAAGGACUCAAUAAAUCUGAAUAACUGCUUCAGGAGCGGACAUUCACAGUUUGAACACAGUUCGGCACUGUUUAUCCAAAGUGAAAGGAGGAAAACUGCUACAACAUGUCCCUAAAUCCACCGUUCGGCCUACAUUUAUUUCUGAUCUUAUCCAGAAAUUUUCAGAAAAUCUCAUUGAUAGUUUCUGACGUCAUCGGAAACGACGUUGAAAUCAUUGCGAGUGGUCCAACAGUCAUCCCAACAACUAAAAGGAACGCCAAGGAGAUCAUCGACAGCUUGAAAGUUACUGAAAAAACUGACUCAAAACGUCUUGGAUCAAAUAAGAUCAACAACAAUAGAAGCUGAUCUGAAAGAGCAUCACUUCGUGAUUUCUAACAAUGUUAUCGCGUUGGAAAGUGUAGAGGUGACCACUAGAAACUUUAAAAAAGAAAACUAUUUUUAUUUUCCAGAACUCUUUGAAGACUCUUGGAUACAAUACGUGCAUCAUGACGAGCGAACUCAGUGGAAACGUGACGGAAGUUGGAAUUAUGAUGGCCGAUUUUAUCAACUCCGAAAAAACAGCUCUACACGAAAAAAUACGAAGGUUCCGUCCAGAUUCCGCUGAGGAGACGUCGUAUCCUCUCGCUUUGAUUUUCGGAGGAGAAACAACAGUAACGAUCAAAGGACAAGGAAAAGGAGGAAGAAACCAAGAAAUGGUGCUCCAAUGUCUGGAGAGAGUCUGGAAGAGCUCUCCCAAACAUCGUUUCGUUUUUCUGAGCGCCGGAACCGACGGUCAAGACGGUCCAACAGACGCUGCCGGAGCUGUCAUAACCUCUGAAGAUUUGCCCGAAGAUAACCUAUCUCCCAACUAUUUCUUGUCCAAUUCUGACUCCUACAGUUUCUGGAAUUCCUACCAAAACGGGUCCUGUCAUUUGAAAACCGGUAAAACAGGUACAAACGUGAUGGAUGUACAGAUACUAAUCCUCGAUGUAGUAAAAUAA